AUGACAGGAAGAAAAGGCAAGAUGCCUGAGGAACUGUCAGAUCCCGAUGUUAUAGACGACAUAGAAGAUACGGUCCAGGCGGGCAAGGGGCUUGCUCAUUCACCUUUCAUCGGCUUCGCUGCCGGGUUAUGUUCUGGAUGGACGAAGCUUGUCGUAGGCCAUCCGUUUGAUACGAUCAAAACUCGAUUACAAUGUUCUCCUCCGGGGACAUAUCUGGGAGCGUGGGAAUGCGUCACAAGAACAAUCAGCAAAGAGGGUCCAAGAGCGCUGUAUAAGGGAGCAAGCAUACCGGCUGUAUCAUGGGGGAUAACAGACUCGAUCUUGAUGGGAAGUCUACAUAACUACCGAGAUAUAUUACUGCGGCAUGGCUUUGCCGAGCGAGAUCUUGCAAAAGGCGAGGGGCAGAGAUUGUCUUUGUUGGGACACAGCGUAGCAGGUUUAUUCGCAGGUUGGACCAACGCUGCGAUAGCGCAUCCGACAGAGAUGAUAAAGUGUAAACUUCAAAUGCAGCUAGUACAGCCUGAGAAUAUGCCAAAACAGUUCACUGGUCCUAUUGAUGUUGUGCGACAAACAGUGGCUCAGCAAGGAGCUACCGGAAUGUGGAAAGGACUGGGUGCAAGCUUCAUCUAUAGAAGUUGCUUUGCUGCCAUGUUUGGAGGAUUUGAGAUCUUCAACAGACUCUUCAAGUCUCUCGAUGGGACAAGAUGGGAAAUGUCAACUGAACUGGCCAAUUUUUUGGCAGGAGGAAUGGCAAGUAACAUGUAUUGGUUUACCGCACUACCGCUGGAUAACGUGAAGAAUCGAAUAAUGGUCGAUCCAAUAAAAGCACCACGGUAUAAAGGGGUCAUCGAUGCAUAUAGUCAAGUGUGGAGAGAGACCUAUAACCCCACGAAGGGAUUCGGAUGGAAUUUCGCAGCCAGAACACGGAACUUUUACAGGGGGUUCGUUCCUGUCGUGUUAAGAGCAUUCCCCACUAAUGCUGCUGCUCUUGCUGUCUGGGAAGGGGUAAUGAGAUGGUCUAAUGCGAAAGCAUAG